AUGGCGCUUAAUCUGAUAAUUCCCCUAAUUUCCAUCACCAUUUCCACCAUUUUUCUGCAAUCACAAGCUCUGCUAAACCCUAAAGAUCAUCAUCCUCCGGCGCCGAGCCCUUAUGGCUUCAUAAGCCCUCCAAAUGCAUCUUCUCCCAUUUCGCCCGUCGCUCCGCCGCCGUCCAAUUCCCUGGUCCCCGCCCUUUUCGUCAUCGGCGACUCCACCGUCGACGCCGGCACCAACAAUUUCCUCGGAACCUUCGCCCGUGCCGAUCAUCUUCCUUACGGUCGAGACUUCGACACGCACAGUCCGACUGGAAGGUUUUGUAAUGGAAGAAUUCCCGUCGAUUUUCUAGCCCUGCGUCUUGGACUUCCUUUUGUUCCGAGUUAUCUUGGGCAUGCUGGAGCAGUGGAAGAUAUGAUUCAAGGAGUGAAUUAUGCAUCAGCUAGUGCUGGAGUAAUCUUCACCAGUGGAUCGGAAUUGGGCCAACACAUUUCCUUUACGCAGCAAAUUCAGCAAUUUAUGGACACUUUUCAGCAGUUUGUUCUAAGUAUGGGCGAGAAGAAUGCUGCUGAUCACAUUUCGAACUCAGUCUUUUACAUAUCAAUUGGAAUCAACGAUUACAUUCAUUACUAUCUGUUUAAUAUAUCUAGUGUGCAAAACCUGUACUCCCCAUGGAAUUUUAACCAAUUUCUGGCAGCCACAAUCAGACAGGAAAUCAAGAACUUGUAUAACAUGAAUGCCAGGAGAAUUGUGAUAAUGGGAUUGGCACCUAUUGGUUGCGCUCCAUUCUACUUAUGGCAAUACGGCAGUGAAAAUGGAGAGUGUAUUGAGGAGAUAAAUGACAUGGUUAUGGAGUUCAACUUUGCCAUGAGAUACAUGGUUGAGGAGCUCGGCAUGGAGCUUCCUGAUUCAAGUAUCAUCUUCUGCGAUUUGCUUGAAGGUUCAAUGGAUAUUUUAAAGAACCAUGAACGUUACGGUUUCAAUGUAACUACUGAUGCUUGUUGUGGGUUUGGUCGCUACAAUGGCUGGAUCAUGUGCAUCUCACCAGUUAUGGCCUGCAAAAAUGCUUCUAAUCAUAUUUGGUGGGAUCAAUUCCAUCCAACAGAUGCAGUGAACGCAAUUCUUGCAGAGAACGUAUGGAAUGGCCUCCAUACAACAAUGUGCUAUCCUAAGAAUUUGAAGGACAUUCUUUGAUCAAUUACAGAGCUGCAUAACACAUCACACUUAAUCCCUGGUACCAUUCAACAACCCCCCUUCAUAUUUCUUUUGUCUAUUAGAUAUAGGAAAGAGUGACAGAUAAAUAGACUAGAAGAAUUUCAAAUGCUAUGCUUUGCUCUAUAAAAGUUUGGUGAUGCCCCAUUUUGUGAUUGAUAGAGAUUGAAAGAAAAUGAUUGCUUGUGUGUUUGCUCCAGUGGUCCAAUCAUCAAUUUUAUCUUUAUCUUCUGCUUUGCUUGACCUUGGUGAGGACUAGAGUAAUCCAUUAAUCAUUAUGAAGUAACCAAACAGGGGAAUUGGUUGUUAGGACAGAAAAACAUUUUAGGUUGUUGCUGUUCGUCCUAUAUUUUGUUCUAUUAUCAACCAAUGGAGUGGAACAGGAACAUGUAUGUAGCAUAGCACAUGGAGGUUUAUACCUUUAUAGAUUCAAAAGGCGAGAAAUAUUUUAUGCAAGAUUCCUCUCCUGUCUUAAUCUUUUGGGUCCAAGAAUCAGGUUUGAGAACGUGGACUUUUUUUUUCCAUUUUUUAUAAGCUACUUUGAAAAGUAAUGAUAAAAGUCGAGUAUUCUWAUCGAGUCUAUAAUGUGUUCUUUAAAAUAUGU